UCUUCUCCCUUUCCACACAAUGUCUUUCUCUCUCUGAAAAGCAAAGAGCUCUGAAACAGAACAUUCUCUCUAUAAGGGUCUCUAUCAGUUUCGGGUGGUGGAGGUGGCAGUUGCCCUUACGCAGCUCUAAUUGCCCAUUCUCUCUCUCUCUCAACCAGUUUAUCGCCACCCUUAUUUCCCGCCAAAAAAAAAAACUUUGCCACCAAUUCAGCUCAAUCAGACAAUGAGAGACAGUGAAAGCACAUGAAACCCAAGCUAGUAACAUAAUAUCAUUCAUCAUUACUUUCUCUCUCUUAUGGUGUUUAUAUAUAACCACACUUGUUACCCAUUCUUGCGUUCCCGAUCAGCCUCUCCUUUUUUUUUUUUUUUUUUUUUUUGUGGGUUUCAUCACACGGUGUCGUCCUUGGGAUCUGAUCCCACAACUCGACCACAGCUUCUGUGUUUGUAGCUAGCUUCUGCUAGAGUACAAUAACUGGUUCAAGUCCCGAGGUCAAUUCUUGUUUCUUUCUUCGUCUGAUUUAUCAGCCUCUCAUUUCCCUCCUCAAUUUGGAGUCUACCCAAUUGAUCACUUUGUAGUUUCGAUUUUAUCUUUUGAAAGUUUUGUAGUUUCAAUUUUGAUUGUUGAAGAAAGAUCCACUCUCUCUACCCAGAUCUGUUGAUUCAGAAAUUAAGGAUCAUUAGUUGUUGCUUCAUCAGUCUGAUAAAUCAAUUCUCAAGUGGUAGAAAAAUGAAUACCUUUUCAAAUGUUCCUCCUGGUUUUCGGUUUCACCCCACAGACGAAGAACUCGUGGAUUACUACCUUAGGAAAAAGAUUUCUUGCAGAAGGAUUGAUCUAGAUGUCAUUAGAGAUGUUGAUCUCUACAAAAUUGAGCCAUGGGAUCUUCAAGAAUUAUGCAGACUAGGAACAGAAGAGCAAAAUGAAUGGUAUUUUUUUAGCCAUAAAGAUAAAAAGUAUCCGACUGGAACUCGCACAAAUAGAGCAACAGCAGCAGGAUUUUGGAAAGCAACAGGAAGAGACAAAGCUAUAUACUCUAAGCAUGACUUGGUUGGCAUGAGGAAGACUUUAGUCUUUUAUAAAGGCCGAGCACCGAAUGGACAGAAGUCAGAUUGGAUUAUGCAUGAGUACCGGCUUGAAACUGAUGAAAAUGGUACUCCUCAGGCAAAAGGUUGGGUUGUUUGUCGCGUAUUCAAGAAGAGAAUAACAACCAUGCGCAAAAUGAGCGAACAUGAAUCUCCAAUGAAUUGGUAUGAUGAUCAAGUAUCAUUCAUGCCAGAAUUGGAUUCGCCAAAGCAAACUUCUCACUCUAAUAUCACUUACCACCAUCCCUAUGCGUGCAAGAAGGAGAUAGAAUUACAGUACCAAAUCCCCCAUGAACACCUCAUCCACCUCCCACUUCUAGAGAGCCCAAAACUGCUGCAAACAGCUCCCACCUUGAGCUGCAACUCCAUGCUUCCGUAUGGCACUACUCUUGACAUAAACCGUGGAAGCACUAUGCAGUCCUCAUCACUCACGCAAGAAGAACACAUCCAACAAGUCCACAACCACAACUUCCAUUCCAUCUAUGGCAACAAUGCUGACAAUGAGCAAGCAGUGGAUCAAGUCACAGAUUGGCGCGUCCUAGACAAGUUUGUUGCCUCUCAACUCAGCCAAGAAGACGCUUCCAAGGAAUCUGACUACUCAAAUGCAUCAGCCAAUGUGUUUCAUGCCAAUGACAGCACGAGUAUGAUUGUCCGGCACUUGAACAAGCAAGAAUUGGCGCCAGAAAAUGCAUCUACAUUGGCCUCCAGUUGCCAAAUCGAUCUGUGGAAGUAAAACCCUAAUAGAGUGAUCAAAGUACAUACUGAUGAUAGGUAUUUCAGUCAAUAUGUACAUACAAAAGUGAUACAAUAUAACCCUCUUAGUGUUAAGUUAGCAUUUGUAGUAUGGUAAAUUUGGACUGUGGAGCUCAUGAGUGUGCUUGUAGGAACUUGGAAUGGCCAUUAUUAAGUAGCCCAUGAUCUGAGAGCCACAUGUGCUACUUAAUUAUGCAUGUGGUAGAUUAUUUUCUCAAGUGUUUUUUGUAUGUAAUUCGUCGUGAAAUUAUUAGUAUAAGAAAUUUAUAUUUCUGUCUUGUUCUUAA